AUGAAUCGAAACAAAGACUUAGAUGAACUCCUCUUUAAAUAGAAUAUUGAAUUAAAAUAAGAUUAGGAUAAAAUUCCUUAUCCUCCAAUAGAUAUAACAAUAACAUCUUAUAGUGAAAUAUCUGAUGGAACUCCGAAUAAAUUUGCUAUUAAAAAAGUUUAUACUUAAUAAAAUUGUUAUCAUCAUCAAAAGAUAAGAAUAUUAACAUAAGAAUAACAAAUUCAUUAAUAAAAUUAAAUGCAAGCAUCAAAUUCAAUUUUAGAAUCUAUGACACCUUAAAGAAUGAAUAAAUUAAUUGAUUGGUCUAAAUACAAUGUAACACCAGGAGAUGGCAAAAAUAUAUUUCCAUAAGUUUAAGGACCUAGCAUAGAGUUUUCGAAUGAAAAUUCAUUAAAUAUUAAAUAACAAUAAAAACUAAAUAUAAACAGUGAUAUUCUCUUAAAUAAAUAUAUUGAAAUUGAAGAGAGAUUAAAAUUGUUACAGGCUAAACAUAAAGACUUUUCAACUCUUGAAGCUCUUAGAGGAUAAAACCUUUAAAUAGCAUCAUAAAAAAUUAUUAGUCAGCAAGAUGUUAUUAAAGCAAAGGAUAAAAUUAUUGAUGAAUUAAAUUUAUAAAUAAAAAAAAUGAAAGAAAAUGAUUUAUAAGUAAACAACCUUUUAUAAGAAAUUGAAAAAAAGGAUUAAAUUUUAAGUGAAUUCAAAAAUAAAAUUGAUAAAGAUGAGAUAAUUGAAAAUUAAGAAUAAUAAAUUUAAAAUUUAACUAAUAGAUUAAAAAAAGAGAUGGAAUAUCGAAAAUAAGAUGAAAAAAUGUUAUCAGAAAUAAAAUCAAAGGAGAUGAAAAGAUCUAAAGUAUUUGAUCUCAUUUCUAAAUGUUAAUCUUGUUCAUAAAGUAAAUAGGAAUUAAAAAAUAUAUUAUAAGAAUGCUCAAUUGAAGAUAAUAAAAACAUUAUAGAGAAUGAAUUGUCUUUACCAAUUUAAAUCAGAGAAGUAGUAACUUUAUUGUUGACUAAAUAAAGAGAAUAAAUAGAUAUAGCAUUUCAAUAAUAUGAAGAAUAAUUAAAAGAAUUAUAAGAUUAAAUUGAAUAUUUUAAAGAAUAAAAUAAUAAUUUAAUUGAGUAGAACAAUAAAUUACAAAAUUAAUUAUAAAGUCAAUUUAAUUAAAGAGAAGAACAAGAAAGGAAAUAAUUUUAUGAGGAAUAUGAAAAACUAAAAAAUAUUAAUAUAAAGUUGAUUUCAGAAAAUUAAGAGUUUAAAUAAAAGUUUUAAUCUCCAAGAAACUAAGGACAUUAAAAAUCUACAGAUGCAGAUAAUUUAGGUCAUUUUAAAUCAAUUUAAACCGACAGAUCUGGCUUAAACAAUGAAAUGGCUCAAAUGAAAUAAUAAUACUAAAAUUAGAUUAAGGACUUACUUAUAAAAAUAUCUGAAUAAGAAAAGCAUAUAUAAUAAUUAAAGAAUGAUUAAUUUAGAAAUAUGUCUUCAUCUAAAAAGAAUAAAUAUUCAUAAAACCAACUCUUAUAAAAUGAAAUGAAAUAAUAAUAAUAAUAACUUAAAGAAAAGAUAAAAAAAAUUUAGAACUCUAUUCUUAAAUAAAAUUAAUGUAGUAAGUUUAAAAAGAAUAAGAAUAAACUAUUUUUGAACUUAAGGAUGAAUUGGAAAAAAUAAAAAAGAAAUUUUAAUUAAAGAAUAAUGAAGUCAAGUAAUUAAUUGAUUAGAAUAAAAUAUUUUAAGAUAACAAUACAGAAUUAAAUGAAAAGAUUCUAUAGCUUUAACAAAAAUUGAUUUAUAAAGAAUCUGAUUUUUAUUUAAAUGAACUAAAAUAAUCACCAAAUAAUAAGAGUAUUGAACAAGGGAGAGUAGUUAGUUAAUAUAUAUAAUCAAAUUUAAACUAGUAAUAAUUAAAUUAAUUAGUGGAUGAAUAUAAAAGUUAUCAAUAAGAAUUUAUAGAUUUAAAACAAGUAUUUACAGAAAAGCUUAGAUAACAUGAAAUAUUAUUAAAUGUAUUAUUAAUAAAAUUAUUAUUAGAAAAUAUCAAAAUUACAACAAGAUAAUAAUCAAUUGAUAUAAUAAAAUUAAAAAUUAAUGAUUGAAAAUUAGAGUCAUAAAGAAGACAAAUUAACAAAAAGAAUAUCUGAAGAAAUUACAACAGGAGUAAGAUGUUCUGCUGCAACUGGAGAUUCAAUCAAUAUUAAAUCCUUUAUUUAAUAGGGAGACGAUGAUUAUUAAAAAAGAAAAUAAAUAAACAUUUUAGAUCUUAUUUAACCUGAAUUAAUGUCUACAGAGGAAACUCUUUAUAUUUUAAAGGAAAUACUGAUUCGAUCUGUAAAGUCGAUUGGAUUGAUAAAGAAAAUAUAUUAGAUAGCUGAAAUAAAAGAAUUAUUGUACAUUAUUCAAUAAGUAGAUGAACAGUAUUAAAGUUCCAACAAAAAAUUGACUAAAGUUAUUAGUUGUAUUUUAGGAGAAAAAAGAAAAAUAAAAUAUACAAACAGAAGUGAAAAGCCUGAUUUCUAUAAUUCUUGA